GCAACUUCAGUCGAUUAUCUCGGAAACAAAAACAGAUUAGCGUGUUUUCCCAAAUGAAUUCAAAUUAAUGUUAAAUUAGUCAGUUCAUAUCGAGGACAGGGGGCGGGUGUUUGUCAAAAAAAAAAAAAAAAAAGUUAGUUUUUGCAGACUUUAGGGAGAGGCGCGGUUAAUGUUAGCCCGUGGAGGGCUAGCAGCAGGCGUUAGCUCGGAUAGUUUAGGUUCCUGUGAAAAUGUGAAACUAGUGUAAAGAUUUCUUGGUGCUUUGUUACUGGACAGAAAAAUGGAGGUGGCUGUUAAAGGGAAGGCCAAGAGGAGGCACCUAAAUGCAGAAGAAUGUGAUGGACUGGGACGAAGUGCACAGGGCACGGAUGUCCUCACCCAGCCUCACACCUUUAACCAGAGGAUGAGGAACCGCAACCCAAACUGGGGACUUUACCCCAGGACACCCACUAAGCGGCCAAAGUUUGCACCUGCCACAGGAAGUCCUUCUGGGCGACAGAAGGGCAUCGGUGAAUUUUUCUCUGUGACAAGAGUCCUCAGUUCCAGUCCGCAGAAAUCCUCCCUACCUUCUACCUCUAAAGAAGGGCCAAAAGCUGUGGAAGAAGAGGAGGAUGAGGAUGAUGACAUCAGCCUGUUGGCUGUCCCUUUAGCACCAGAACUCAGGGGGAAAGAGGAUGAAGAGAUUGAUGACAGUCUUUUUGCUGCUGUGAUGAUGCCGGAGCCUCAGGCAGAUGAAGAGGAGGAGAUCGACGAUGACAGCCUGUUGGCUGUUGAGAUGCCACAGUCUAAGGCAAGGGAGGAACCAGAGGUGGAUUAUCUGGAGGGCAUGACAGCAGAGAUGUUUGGGAACGAUGAUGAAUUUGACCAAUGUGACAUUCAUAAUGAAGAAGAAGAGGUGGAGGCCCUUCCUGAUGCUCACUAUGGUCUCCUGGGCAGCAGCAAUGCCUUGCUGAAACCCCAGGGCUGCAUGGACGACCUUCCGGAGGAGGUGCUGAGAGAAGUACUGUGCCUCAUCCCGGCCCAGGACCUCUACCGCAACAUCAGCCUUGUUUGCCAUCGCUGGAGGAACAUAGUCGAAGAUGAAACGUUUGUGCCUUUCAAAAAAAAAUACUAUCGCUACAUGAUGACAGAGAGGCAAACAGUGCUGGAGGUCUUCUCCAUCCUGAAGAGCAGCGGCGUAACAGACUCGGCGUCUGCAGACCACAGCAUACGAAAGCUAGUUGUUUUAAUGGCUCAGCAUAAGGUUGGAGAGCGCGUGAGGCCAGAAGACGUUUUGGAGCGUGUAAAGAAACAUCGGCUUUUUCCUCAGGCUGAGGCCUCCAUCAGACUGCGUAUUCCUGAUAUUCAGAAGCACUUUAACCUUGGGAUUACGGGUGUGAACCCGUAUGCAGCCAUGGCCGUCAUACUGAUCCUGAGUGAGAGUGUUGGUGACGUGCAGGCUUUGGUGUCUCUGCUCAUGGGCUGCAUGUCACAUUUGGCUAUCACAGAGUACCUCUGCCACAUGGCCAUGAUGUUGCUUUCUUUAGAGAGGAACAAAAUCACUGUUAGUAACAGGUUGCAUUACAACAUCUACUAUGUCCUCCACCUGAUGGAGAAUGGUCCCUUCCCUGUCAGCUGCCCACAGAGCAGGCAGCCCCAGUUCCACCUCACUCAGGAACAGCAGCAGAUCCUCAGCCACAAUAUCCAGGAUGACCAUGUGGUUAAGAUAAUCGCAUUUGCAGGCUCAGCAGCAGACGGUGAUAUAAAGCUGACGUCAGGCCAUAGGGAAUUGAGAUGUGAAGUAUUAAUAGGUACAGGGAAGACUACCACACUCGUGAAGUAUGCUGAGCAGCGGCCACACCUCCGCUUCCUCUACGUGGCCUUCAACAAUUCUGUGGCUUCAGAGGCACGCCGCCGCUUCCCCAGCAACGUGGACUGCAAGACAGUCCACUCGUUGGCCUAUCAUGACGUGGGGAAGAGAUACAAAUUCCGUGAGAAGCUAGCCACUAGCUUGAAUCCAUUCACCAUCAGUUAUGUCCUGCCCAGUGGCCGCGGCGGCUUUACCAAGGCCAAAGUGGUUAUGACAACCCUCAAUGCCUUCAUGGCUUCAGCAGACCAAACCAUCACUGUAGAUCAUGUUCCCAGUUCUCAUGUAACUCACAAGGGCAACCGGAAGAUUAUAGAUGAACAUGAAAAAGUGUUGGUUGUCCAUGAUGCGCAGAGAAUCUGGAACAAAAUGAAAGAUCUGAAUGAGAAGUCAAAGGAAGCCUACUACAUGAUCCAUGAUGGUUACCUGAAGUUAUGGCAGCUCAGUGACCCAAAGCCUUGCUUGUCGGACGUAUACAAUGCCCUUUUCAUUGAUGAAGCUCAGGACUGCACUCCUGCCAUCAUGGAUGUGCUGCUGUCUCAGCGCUGCGGCAAAAUCCUGGUUGGCGAUCCCCAUCAGCAGAUCUACACGUUCAGAGGAGCUGUCAAUGCCUUGAACUAUGUUGAACACACACACAUCUAUUACCUCACCCAGAGCUUCCGAUUUGGUGCUGAGAUCGCCUACGUGGGCGCCACCAUCCUCAGAGUUUGUAAAGGAGUUCAGAAGAUUCUUGUUGGAGGAAAGCAGAAGGGCGGUGUGUGCGAUGAUGCUGCAGUCAGGGUUGUAGAGUCUGUGAGGGCAGGUACGUGUCAGAACCGAGGGAAGACGGCCAUCUUAUCCAGGUGCAAUUUCGGGGUUUUUAGCGAAGCUGUUCACCUUACAGACGCCAAUCCCAACUGCAGACUGCACUUCAUCGGCGAUAUAAAGAACAUCGGCCUUGACCGCAUAAUGGACAUAUGGUACCUGAUGCAGCAGCAACAGGAAGGAUAUGAAAGAACUCACUACUUCAAGGACCGCUUGAUCCGCUCAUUUGUCCGUCGGAACGAGAACCCCUUCUACACUUUAAAAAAAUAUGUUGAACAAACAGAAGACAAUGACCUCCACGCAAAGCUGACCAUCGUGGAAACGUAUCGGAAGCGAAUCCCCGAACUGGUGUCACGACUGAAGGCCUGUUCUCAAAGUGACUUCCAUGACGCAGACUUCAUAGUUGGAACCGUCCAUAAGGCUAAAGGUCUGGAGUUUGACACCGUGAUGGUCACUGAUGACUUUGCCAAGGUUCCCUGUUCUAAGCACAACCUGCGCCACAAUCCUGAUUUCUCGUUUGCUAAAAUCCCUGACGAUGAGUGGAACCUGCUGUAUGUGGCUGUCACGCGAGCCAAAACUACACUAAUCAUCACAAAAAAUAUCCUGCGCAUCAUCACGAUGGCUGGGGAGUACUUUUUAAAGUCAGAGAUGCCCAGUUCGCUGCUGAAGAGUGACCAGCCUCUGCCGUGCUCCAUCGCAAACUGCCCCAACUGCGUCACACCCGGCUCAGCCUUCAUCAUGCGGCGACAACAGAUGCGAUGUACCGACUGGUUGGCUCAAGGCGGGCCGCUGUGUGAGAGGUGCAUAUGGACCCGCAUCGGGCCCAUCGCCUUCCUCAUGACCGACGACGUGCUCUCAAUGGCUGAAAUACCGCAAAGACUCGACCUGCCGGUCCAUCACGCAUUUUUCCUGGAGCUUUUUUUCUGACUCUCAGCUUCAAGGAGCUACAGUGAUGCGGUCCUCUUGGGAAAAGAAAUCUAAGCGCUCAUAAGCAGGAUGCAGACAGCUUAGGCUUCAUGCUUGGUUAAACAGACUGAGAACUGAAAGCCUGUUUUUGUCUGUUCUGAUGACUUUUAUACCAUUUUUAUGUGUAUUUCAGAGAUUUUAUUUGAGUAUAGCCUCCAACCUUGUGUGACUGUUACCAUUUUCUUUUUGUGGAAGGAGAGUAUUAAAAAUAGUCCACAUUGUUUGCAAGCCAACCUCUGAGAUUUUUUUUCCCACCAGCCCUUCCUUUCUGGAGGCGCUGCCAGACAACAACUUCACUACUGCCAAGAAUCCACAUGCAGAUGUGUGAUUAAACAUUAAUACAUGACGCAUACUGAAGUGUGACGUUUAAGACAUCAAAGCAAAUAAGACAAUGCAGACACUAAACUGUUUUAAAAUGUGUUGUUAAUAAUCUGACUCUAUUUGGGAUAUGAGCCCAUCUGGUUUGUGUUCACUAA